AUGGAAGCACUACUAAGAACCAUGCCUCCUCACAUUAUCCAAGAAUUUGCUAUUGUUAUCAGGAAGAUAUGGUGGAGACGGAAUUGUUUUCUUUUCCAAGGGGAGUUUGCUCACCCCACUGUGCUUAUCAGUGAGGCUCACCAUAUGUUAAUGCUACUUACAGAAGAAAGUCCAUCCAGUGGGCUUGCCUCCAGUAAACCGUGCAAUUCAGCAGCUUCUUGGCAGGCUCCCCCUCUGAAUUGGUUUAAGCUGAACUGGGAUGGGGCAGUGGACAAGGUACAUGGUAGGAUUGGAGUAGGUGUGGUGGUAAGAAACAAUUCAGGCCACAUAAUUGCAACCAUGAGAACUAGCAAAGAGAUGUUUCCCAAUCCUCUACUUGCAGAGGCCUAUGGAGCACUACAAGCUGUCAAAUUUGGUCUUGAUCUUGGCCUACACCAGAUAAUUAUUGAAGGCGACUCACAGCAGGUCACAAAGGCACUCUCUAAUGACCAAGAAGGAGGCACAAGUGCUAGUAUGUUCGUCUGUGAAGCUAAGCAAUUACUCAGUAGUUUUGCCAAGUGGGAGGUUUCUCAUGUAAGGAAAAAUGGCAACCUUAUGGCUCACUUGUUAGCAAAAAAUUCACUCUCCAUUUCAGAUGUAAUUGUCACUAUGGAGGACAUUCCUCAUUGUAUUUCCUCUCUUUCUUAA